AUGGAGGUGGCCAUUAUGGUGGCGGUGGCGGCGCAGUGGUGGUGGCGUGGUGGCGUCGGCAGUGGUGAUAAUUCCACAUACUUGGUUCCUCGUUUAUCGAGAACAACGUCUGUGAUGGAAUUUCGAAUCAGGCUUUGGCGGUUGCGGUGGCGAAAGAGGAAAGCAAAAGGCAAAAAACAAAAACAAAGUGUGAGGACUUCAAUUCAAGAUCUUCCGAGUGACAUAUCUCUCAACAUCCUUAAAAGACUACCCAUCACAUCUCUCUUCUCCGUGAAAUCAGUGUGCAAGGCCGCCUACCAUUUGGCUAGCCAUCCUGAGCUCAUUCUUCAUCACCAUCAUCUCCACAAGAACCCUUACGGGCUCAUAAUUCGAGUUUUGUCCUCUUACAUCAACGAACCCUGCUAUACCAACCAAUUAUUUCUCGUCGAUAGUCGGAGAUGUUUGGCAGAAAUCAAUCAGCCGUGGAUGAAAGAGAAACACAAUCCUGGACCAAUGCUCUCCUGCCAUGGGUUGGUAUGUUUACUAUAUUACAAGAAGAAACUUUCCCCUUUACGUAAAUAUCGAGCUUGUUUGUUCAACCCGUUAACUGGUGAACAUAAGUUUUUACUUGAUCCUGGGCUACCAAGAGUACGGGAAUCAAGCCAUAAUGGCACUAUUGUUACAUCUGACCAAUAUUUUGGGUUCGGAUUCAAUGCAAUGACUCGCGAAUAUAAGUUGGUAAGAAUCGCAAAACUUUCAUAUGAGGAUGGUCGGACUUAUUUACAGGCGGAGGUGUUCACUCUAGGGAAAAAUGGUGGUCAAAUUUCUGAAAUCGACACCCCAUUUGUUUGUCCGUAUCAAUCAUCCGAUGUUGUGGUGGGUGGUGCAAUUCACUGGCUGUGCAAAGAUGAAAAUUCAACUGGGUAUGAUCGCAGGUCGAGAAAUAUCAUCCUUUCAUUCGAUUUGUUUGAAGAGAAAUUUCAUCAGAUCCCAAAACCGAAUUGCGAAGUUUGUGAAUUUGGCAAGAUAUCGGUGUUGGGAGGAUGCCUUGCCAUAACAGGUGGUUUUAGAGAAACGUGUAGGACACAUGAGGUUCAUAUAUGGGUGUUGAAGGAAUACGGUGUGAAGGAGUCAUGGAACAGAGACUUUGUGAUCGGGCAAGGUUGUAGAAGGCUUUAUCCGUUAUUUCUCUUAAAUAAUGGCGAGAUUGUAAUGUCUUGCGGGCCGAAAGCUUUAUGUUGUUAUGAGCCAAAAGGAGAUUUCUUCAGCUAUUCGGCUGAACUCGACCAGUCAAUUGUGGCGAUUUGCCAUGCCUGUAGUCUUGUUUCACCAUUUGGUCUCUAG